GCUACGCACUUAGCAACCAAACUUGACGACGGCUCGCUUGGUCGAAACUCUCCUGUUUUUUGGGACGGGAAAUACUCGGAUAAAUGCUAAAAACCAGAAGUUUUUGGGCAUGAAUGGAAAGCAAGAAUGGUCAUGUGACUCGCAACUACAAGUAAAAUCAGCCACAUCAAGCAUUGAUACUGCAAUUCAAGGAAGAUCUCUCACUUGUCAACUCAUUACACCAACUCUCAACAACAAUAAAUAUGUAGCUGUCUAGCAAAGCAAGAAUCAACAACAAACUAAAUUAAAAAAUAUUUUGUUGAAGACUAUAAAGAAUAUUAUUAAAGAAAGUAAACCACAGCAGCAAGUUUUUUAGUUUUUAAACCAAGGAAAAAUCCAGCAACAUGCCUCCAAAGAAGAAGGGAGGGAAGAAGAAAGGGAAGAAGAGUGGGAAAAAGAGCGGGAAGAAAUCUGAGAGGGCAUCGUCUGCACCCGACGGAGGGAGCCUGAGUGAGGUUGGAAAAGAAUUCUUUCUGAUUCAGAUCCGAGAUUUGGAAAGAAGGCUUGUCAGGUACCAGCAAAAAUGUGAUGAGCUGGAAGUGGGCAAUGGGGAAUUCAAAUCGCGCUACGAUCAGAUGGGAACAGACAAGAAGGAGAUCGUUGCCUUCUUGAAGAAACAGCUGGAGCAGCGUCAGGAUGAGAUAGCAGACCUGAACGAUCGGCUGGUGGGGCUCCAGCAGGCCAAGGACACUGAGAAGGAUGCCUAUGAAGCCCAGCUGGCCCAGCUACGCAACGAGUUCCAGGAGACCAAGGACCAGCUGACCUCCGAGAAUAUGAUCCUCAGUGGAAAACUGGCUGCACUGGAAGAGUUCAAAGUUCAGAAGGAAGAUUUGAACAAAAAGUUUGAGCAGAUGGAAGAAGAUAUAAAAUCCCAAGCUGACGGUCAUAAAGAUGAAAUCUACAAGCUGGAGAAGAAACAAGUGGUAGACAAAGACAGAUUAAAACGUGAGAUGGUGCUUCGCGUCAACCAGGUCGCGGCCGAGUUCCGUAAGGUUUCCAACAAGCAGAUGGCGGACACCACCAAGCGCACCAUCCGAGAGAACGUGAGCAUCCACGCCCAGCUGGCCAAGAUGUCCGACAAGACCAUGGAGCUGAUCGAGGAGAACGAAGAGAUGAGAGCCAAGGAGAAGAAACAGAGGCAACAGAUUGAGAUGCUGGAGAGCAACGAGAAGGAACUGGCCAAAAAGAACCACAGUAAUCAAAAGGUCAUCAGGAUGCUGACGGAAAAAGCCAAACAGCAGGAGGACGUGAUCGCCGACCUUGAGGAGAGGGAGAAGGAGUACCAGGAGCUGGAGGCGGAGAUGGGUCUCCUCCGGCAGCAGUCCGACUCCUCCCGGGAGGAGCUCCAGGCCAUGGGCAGGGAGUCGGAUCAGAUGAUGGAGCAGAUUGAGCUCAUGGAGAAGGAGGCUGCUCAAAUGGCUGAUAUCAAGAUCAAGCUGGAGAGGAUUCUAGCGGAAGCUGCGUACUCCCUGCACAGGAUACUCAUGCACAACCCGGACAAGGAGAGUGGAAGUGGUAAGAUAAGUCUCGAGGAGGUGGAAGAGAGAGACAACAUGCUGGAACACCUCUUGGUGAUCCUCAACAGUGCCGCGGCCAUCGGUGUGGGUCCAGGCCCGGAGUCCUUCAUGCCUCAAGAGGAACAAGUCUACAGGACCAAGAGCAGGGAAGCCAUGUACCCUGGCUCGGGCAAGGGACUGAAACGAGGACUGGCCCCACUCUCCCCCAUUGCCAAGGGAGUGUCUACCCUCCCCCACUACAGAAUGGGUGACCUGGGUUUGGUACCCCGCCCCAAGCCCUCCUCGUUCCCCUCGGACAGGACCAGGCAGCUCUCGGCCACAAGUCGCCUCAACAGACUCCAAGGGGUCAAGUCGCGGUCAGUGGGCAUUCAGACAACUAGCUCAGCUAAGCCUUUGUUCAGACCCGACCAACUCCUGGGAACAGAUGCCUCUUUCGCUAAAUCAGCCCUGGUGCAAGAAUUGGCCGUCACGCAUAAACAGCGCCCUCUGGCUCCCGUCAUGAUGCCCGUGAAAGGGGUGCGGUGAUUGACGUCUUGUAUUCUUUCACCAUUGAAGCAGCUACGCGAAAGCACAUGCAAUCUUAGACAAUUCGUGAAAGGAAAAUAUACCUACCGGUAAUUGUUGUGCAACUUUUUGUUCGAAAGCAGUGUUAACUUAUAACGAACUAUGGAAAUCACUGCAGAUGUAAUGGACUUCACAUCAGUGGAUAUUUACAAGCAUUCAUGACACAUCACACACUUGAAAAUUGUCAAUAUAUGGAAGCACUGCCUUAAUAAAGAAAUAUAUACUUUAGUGGUAAGCUUAAUAUUAUACACACACCCACGUUAUAUGCUAUAUAUAAUCACAAUGCACAUUGCAUUAAUGUGAUGGUCAGCGCAUAUAAAAUGUAAAGCGGUAUCAUACUUUAUAACACAUCUCUGUGGAAUUAUAUUUUGUGAUUAAGUAUUAUUUCUGAAUACUACAUUAUGCAUGCAAUACCUAGUUUUGUCAUGGAGGAAAAAACAUUGAAGUUUCAUACUUUAACACAGAAUAUGUUACCAUGCUCAGAAAUUCACCCCAUAAAGUAUUCUUUGUUAUAAAGAAUGACA